GCGAGACUCCGGCCCGUCGCCCUGCUCCCUCUGCCAGCCGCCGACACCAUGGUGGUCCUGAAGGGCGUCCCCGCGCUGCUGUCCCCGGAGCUGCUCUACGCCCUGGCGCGGAUGGGGCACGGAGACGAGAUCGUCCUUGCAGACGCCAACUUCCCCACCUCUUCCUUAUGCCAGUGUGGCCCCACCGAGAUCCGUGCUGACGGCCUGGGCAUCCCGCAGCUCCUGGAGGCCGUGCUGAAGCUACUGCCACUGGACACCUACGUGGAGAGUCCGGCUGCCGUCAUGGAGCUGGUGCCCAGCGACCAGGCCAGGGGCCUCCAGACCCCAGUGUGGAGACGCUACGAGUACCUGCUCCACAAGGCAGGCUGCACGAAGUCGCUGGAGAAGGUCGAGAGGUUUGCGUUUUAUGAGCGGGCCAGAAAGGCCUUUGCGGUGGUAGCGACCGGGGAGACGGCCCUCUACGGAAACAUCAUCCUGAAGAAGGGGGUGCUUGCCCCCGACGACCUGCUCUAGGCCUUGGGAAGCCCACCCUGUGGCCCUAAGAAGAGUGGAGGGGACCCUGAAACCCGACAGCGCUGCCCGACAGUCGCUCAGACAUGGACAAGCCCCAGCCCGGCGCCCACAACCUGCUGGGGGCUCUGGGGGUCGGUGCAUGUGUGGGGCUUCUGCCACUCGGCCUGGGAGACCUCCCGAUUUAUGGAAAAGGUGGAGUGUGGUGGUCUGUGAGUGUGCAGGCGGGAGGGCUUAAACCACAGCUUUGUUCUCAUCAAGACUCCUUUGGUGACUGUCCCCCCGGGAGGUCACCAGCUCCUCAAAGACACCAGAGCAGCCCCCACCCCUUACCCCAAUGUACCCUCAGUUGAGAAAUGCAAGUGGGAUCUGCCCAGGGUGGCCUGGGAGCUGGUGGCCUUGAGGCUCCAGGGGGUAGUGUCCUGGACACCCAGAUCUGCACUCCCAGGGAAGGAGAGGGGACAAGGAGCAGAACCCAGAGGGCAAGCGAGCUGACAGACAGAGAUUUGGGGCCCAGUGGGAGAGGGUCUGUUCUGGGUUUGGCCUUGGACUCGGCUCCUCUGCCCUCUGUAAUGGCUCCCCCCUCGCUGGGCUGUCCUGCCCUCGAGCCCCUGUCUGGGCUUUGCCAACAGUAACCUUGCAGUUGCCUGACCUUGGGCCUGGUGUCGUGGGGUUUCUUGUCACUGACCUCACGCCGGCUUAUUUUAAAACAGUUCUUUGGAGGUGUAAUGGACAUAAACUGUACACAUUGAAAGUGUACAAUUUGAUAUGUUCAGACGUGUGUCUACCCAGGAAAAUCACAUGCCUGUCACCCCAGAAGUGUCCUCCUGCCCCUCAGAAAUUCUCCCCGUCUGCUUUGUGACACUAUAGAUUAGUUUGCAUUUUUCAAUUUUCAAUAAAAUCAUGUAUGCAUUCUUCAGCUUCUUUCACUUAGCAUAAUCAUUUUGAAUGCAUCCGUAUUCUCACUGAGGGGUAUUCCAUCUGUCUUAGGUUGGGUUCUCUAGAGAAGCAAAAGCAGUAAAGCAUAUAAAUAUAUAUAUAGAGAGAUUUAUGCCAAGGAAACAGCUCAUGCAAUUGUAGAGG